AUGGUGAGUGCAUUGAAUUUGGAAAGUGGGAGGGGAAUAAUCCAGGGUGGUCUUAUUAGAUGGAGGUACACCUGUCUCUCUCCCAUUCCCUUGGAAGCCUCCUUGGAAAUUGUACCCUGGCCCCACCUUCUAAUCCUUAAUGCAAACAAGCCCAUCUUCAUCAUGGGGAUUUCUUCACAACCUUCUCUUGCUUCCCUCUCUUUGAAGGAUCUGCUUCAGGGAAUUGAAGCAGACACAAAUUCAUCAUAUGGGUGUCUCUGGAAGAAAGUCUUGGCUGCACAAGCAAAGAAGGGUGUUAGAAGGCCGAGGAGGAUUUUGAUGAAGAGAUGGGUUGGUUCUAGAAGAGGAUCAAACGGGAUUCGGAGACGUGUGAGAACAUUGAAGAGCCUUGUACCCAACUGUGAUUCUUUGGGCUUGGAUGGUCUCUUCAGAGAAACUGCUAAUUACAUAUUGUCCCUACAAACGAGAGUGAGGGUCAUGCAGGUUAUGGUUAAGGUAUUGACAGGCUCUGACGAGUGA